AGUCUUAAUGUAACCGUGCAACUCCUAUAUAUAUCUAACACAAACCUUAGUCCCCUCUUCAUCAAAUCCUUCUUCCUCUAGCACCCUCUCUCUCUCUCUCUCUCUCUUCUCUAUCUUUCUGAUCUCUUGGCUUUGCUUGAUAUUGGGAGAGAGAAAGAGAUGGCAGCCAUGAACAAGGUUGUCUGUGUCCUGCUCUUGUCCCUCAUUGCCAUUUCCAUGGUUGCCACUCAGGUCAUGGCAAAAGAAGCUCAGUAUCACUUGGACAGUAAUCGGUAUGGACCAGGGAGUCUCAACAGCAAUCAGUGCCUGCCGCAGUGUUCGAGGAGGUGCAGCAGAACGCAGUACCACAAGCCGUGCAUGUUCUUCUGCCAGAAGUGCUGCCGGAAGUGCCUCUGCGUCCCGCCCGGCUUCUACGGCAACAAGCAGGUCUGCCCUUGCUACAACAACUGGAAGACCAAGGAAGGCGGCCCCAAGUGCCCUUGAAGACAUCCUUUAUAUCAAACAUAUACCAUCAUCAUAAAUAAGAAGGACCAAUUAUGAUGUUCAUUUACUUUUUCCAAUUUUAACCAGUAAUUUUAGCUGUUUAAUUAUAUAUUGUAAUUGGGUCAUUAAGUGCAGUGACCCAACCUAUAUGGAUUUUUAUUUUUAUCCAUUGGGCUCACAUUUGCUGAGAGGUUUAGUAAAACCCCCCCAAAUGAGAGCAGCAGUCUCUCUGCCCCCUCUCAAUUGAUUUGAUGUAAGCUAUCAGAUCCCUUUAUUUCUUUAGUUAUAUCCAAUCUAUCUUUAUAUGUAUUUGCA